AUGAACAGUAGACCACCACUAUGGAACUCAUCAUCACGGCGCAAAAUAUCACGUCUGUAUCUCUACACCACACUUCCUUUAGAGAAGAUUGUGGCGGUUGUACAUGCCAAAUCUCCAGAUACUGUGCCUGGUCAGGACUCGGCCCACAAGACGCUCAACGCAAUGCUUAACAAGCAGCCGCGAUGGCUUCACCCAAGAAACGAAGGUGACAUGGCACGGAGAUUGGAAGAGUUGUCGCUUUCUCCUACAAGAACCAACUCAACACAUAAUUCCAUUUCAUCUCCUAUGCAAGAUACUUCAGGAUCAACACCUGCUCUAAACGCUGUUCCAACACCACAUCUUGUUAGAAAUCCAACUAGGGCUUCACUCGAAGUUCCACCUUUCAACCAAUACUCUCAGUCUCAGCAGCGCCGCGCCAACAGGUCUACCGUCCAAGAACGAGAGCAAGAAGAAAACAGCCAUUUUAGGACUUUCUUGCAACGACCAACAUUCAUGACCACCUCGACAGAUUGCACAACGGGGACAUUCUCAAGUCUACUCAAAGACUAUGGUCACCCAUAUGUCAAGACAGUGAAGCGUCUUAUCAAACGGUAUACGGCGCCAUUGAGCCGACGAGGGGCCAGUCUUUCGCCCAUUUCGGACGAGGAGCCAACUAUGACGUCUUGGCUAGAAGACCGAGACGCUCCUGUCUGUCUACCAAACGGCCCUUACUACAUGCCAGGUGACUUCCUGUGCAUCGACCAAGUUGCCCAGGAUGACUAUACAUGUUUUGAAGGAACUGAGGAUCAUAUAAAAAAGUCAUGUUUCUGCCGGCCAAUGGAAGAACUCAGGGAACCAGCAUGGAUAACAGCGCAGGGCGUCUCCCAGACUGGUUCCAAUGCUGUGGCCCUUGCUAUCAACAAUUCCUCGUUCGAAGAGCGCGAUCAAUUUGGCCAUACUGUUUUCCAUCUCAUGGCGGCGAGAGGCAUGGGCGACGAGCUUUUUGAAGCAAUCCGAUUAGUCCAAGACGCAGAUAUUCUUAACGAGCAGAAUACAGCUGGACAAACACUUUUACAUGUGUUGCACAUUUCCUGGUUCCACAGCGAGGUUCAUCUGCAACAUCUCCUGGAUAUUCUCGCUAGGAAAGGAUUCAACUUUAGCGCAAGCGAUUACUAUGGUCGUUCAUUUUCACAUAUCCUCUUCCAAAGAGACGAGUCAGUUGGUUUUCGCAACAACUUGCUUCAACUUUGUGGUUCUACGAGCUAUCAAAAGCGGGAUGCAUUCAACAUGACGCCUACUAAUUCAGUGGCCCCUGUGCCAAUCGUUGGAAUCAACAGAACAUACACUCAGGCUAUGGACAUCGACCCUCCCGUACAAACUUCGCGACAUGACAGCAACGACCCUUACCGCACAACCGAUAUACAACAAGAAGCACGCAUCCUAGAAUAUGUUAGGGCCGCAGUAAAUGACCCCCUACUCGAAGAUCUAGAAGGUCGCAAUGGACUACAUUGUCUCGCUGCGGCCACACUAAGCUCAAGCAGUGUCACACAAAAAUACAACCUAGACAAGGAAGGCAUGCCAAACUAUCAGAAGAACAAGAAGGAAAAAGUCGACAAGUACUCAGAUUCAAGUACCAGGGGCUUAGAGUUUCGUCGAACGCUCUUAGAAAGUCUUCUAGCAGCAGGUGUCGACCCAAACCACUACGAUACCCACGGCAACACACCCCUUAUGGCCUUUGCCGCCCAACUCCCUGAAGACGACGACUACACAAACGGUCCAGGUAUUAUCGAAGAUCUCAUCAGAGCUGGCGCACGAGUCAAUGCCCGAAACAGAGCUGGCGAAACAGCGCUACACGUCGCUGUUCGAUGUGGGCACAAGCUAGCUGUCAAGCAACUUGUUAAAAGUGGCGCGAAUGUCCACGUUCGCGACGCAGCGGGUCGAAGUGUUCUGGAGGUUGCGGAUGCAAAAAUGAAGAGUCUGAGGGGCCAGGAUGAUGCUGAGUACUCCCAUCUUGAGGCCUGCCGGGCGUGGUUGAGUGGGACAUCAAGUGGUGCUGUACAGGAGCCUACGGUCAUACAAGAAUGGGCGAUUUGUUCAUAG